UGGCCGCCACUCUUGCUACUCUCCCCAAGGAGGAGAUCAACGAUCUCGAUCACCUAUGCCGCCCUCCUUCUCCACGAUGGUGGCGUCAACGUGACUGGUGACAAGCUCGCCCAGGUCGUGAAGGCUGCCAACGUCGAUGUGCCCCCCUUCUACGUGAAGCUCUACGCCCGCGUUCUGGCCAACCGCAACCUCGACGAUCUCCUGUUCCAGACCGUCGCCGUCGCUCCCUCGGCUGCCCCCGCCGCUGGUGCUGCCGCCCCCGCUGAGGCCGCUGCCGCUGGUGGCGACAAGCCCGCUGGCAAGCCCGCCAAGGUUGAGGAAGAGGAGGAGGCUGAGGACAUGGAUGCCGGUGGUCUCUUCGGCGGUGGUGAUGACGAUUACUAA